CUGAGCUCCAAAGUCUUUUUUUAUGCUCAUCGUGCCGGGAAAAAAAUCUCAUUUCAUUUCGAGUUUCGCCUAAUUUUUGCCGCGUCUUUCCCUACAAAGAUUCGUUAUACACCUUCACAGUCGCGACUACAAACACCUAUCACACUUAUGUUGUACAAUACAUUAAAUUUAUAUUCCAUGCAGUCUUCAUUAUAGUCAAUACUGACCAGGCCUUGAGCCUGCGAAUCGCCUUGUCAAGAUGUUUGGCGGCGCGCGAAGGCAUCGUCCUCCUAACCCUCCUUUGAAUUCUGCCACCGCAAACCCCAAUGCUGCAUCGGCCGCUGCAACCGCCUUUAUGUCUGCCUCGAAUCAGAAGCCCAACAGAUCGCUCUCGUCAGCUGCUGCCGCCGCAGCACUGCGGGCUCGUCCGCAUACACCUACAAAUGUAGGCGAGGUUCAGACGAAACGAACGUUACGUCGAAGCGCUUCGGUAUCCUCGGCUGGUAGUUCUGCCAAGUCCGCGACUGGAUCGCGUCCAACCGCGCAACUUCAAAGGAAGGGGAGCUCGGGUAGCAUGACGGAACGUACUUUUCGGAGCCCUUCGCCUCGCCGAAAUUCUUCGAUACAAGCGACAGAACAACACCCACCUGUACCUCAAAUACCGGCCGGUCAUAAAAAAUCCGCGAGUCAUACUUCGGCUGGGGUAGGAAUGCAGACUUUUCGAACUGCAUCUCAGAAGAUUAAAUCUGGGCAUUCAUCGUGGUAUACCGAACCGUCAGGUGAUCCUCGUAACGUCAGGACAUCUGAUGCGCCGAUGAAAUCGAGUAAACUUCAACCAUUGAAAUCUCAAAACAUCACUACGACACCCCAGAGACCAGAUAGUAGAAGCUCGUCGGUGAAUUUCUCUUAUCCAACUGCUUACAGGGCCCAGUCGCCACCCGCAUCCCCUACUUCCGGCCAGGCACCACAAUUUGCCAGCCCACCUCCUCGAAAGCCUGCCUCACCACCGACAUCGAAUCGUGCUUCUAUUUCAUCAAUGGCGAGUGGAAAAUCCGAGCAACCAAUGGUAUACGACCCAAAUUCUAGAAGGAUGAUACCAAAGGUAACAGUGGAUAAUGUUGGGUUCUACGUGAACCAAGCAGCAGAGAAGCAGCCAAAAAAGAAAAAGUAUGGUGGCCUGCAGAGGGAGGGCAGUCAUUUGGCCAAAGGAACUGUCGCCAGGGUCAAAGGUACUGCAGUUGAUGCUGGUGCGGGUGAGCGCACUCUACCAAAACGAGAACAACCAGUUGUCGAAACAACACCCACGGCGGAGGAGUUACGCAUAUUGGAGGAACCUUCCGUCAAGGCUAUUAUCACAACGUCGGCGAAAUCGGGACGGCCUCAAGAAUCCGAAGGGGGUCAAUCGUUACAGCUGAAAGAGAACCAGAAAUCAUCUGGGGUUUCAUCGAAGCCUCAGAGUACUUCCAACGAACCAAACACAAAACCCCCCGCUAGUCGCGCAUCAGAAAAGAAGUCAGCUUUUAUAGAAGAACCCGAGAGGAUCCCCCAGGAAGAUACGGCGGACCGGCCGUCCCAGAAAGUGCUAGACGCCCUCGACGCUGUGCCGACGAGACAGUCUGUUUACGAGCAACCCGAAGAUCCCAGACAUUUGGGCCAGGAUGGCGGCGAGACGAGUACACAGUAUCCUGUUCAUGACGAAAAUCAAGGAUUUGCUGUAUCCCCUAUCGAAACCACAACAGAUAAAAGAGCAUCCUUCGCAGAAAAUAAACCAGUUGCCGAGCUUGUCAAGGAAGGGAUCCGUUCACACCGAUCGGCUUCGAACAGCCCAGCUCGCCAAGCACAUUUUUCGGUAACCCCUUCAGAUAAGCUAGGGGUUCGACAUACUCCAUUGCCGAGAUCCGCAUCACCCAUUAAGUCAGCCCUUAAACGCACCAGCCCAACACGUGGAGAAGUAUCACCAUCAGAUAAGAGUUCGGAUAUCUCGGGAUCUCGUGGUGCUUCGCCGCAUCAGCAAGAAGAAACUGCGGCUCCUCGUAAGAAGUCGGUCCGCGUUAGUUUCGAUGACCGAACUAUGGCCACCGUAGUAGGAGAAUCCGCAUCUCCUGGAGAUAUAGACUCACCUGUCCCACUGAGUCCGCAGCAAGCCAAGCGACCCUGGUAUAGUAAUAUUGGGAGAAGCAAAAGAAGGGAGUUUACUCUUGAUGAUGAUGAAAUUAUGAAACCUCGACCGGCACUUCCGAGCUUUGGCAGUAUUAGGGAGAAGAAAAUAAGGGAACCCGAAGAACGACCUCUCGUACGACCUCAGGAACCAUCUCAUUCGCCAGUCGCUCCAUCAUCUCCAGAACUCCACCCUUCUAGUCCCAGCGUAUAUAGUGAGAACGAAACACCCGAUGAGCAACCUCUAGGAGCAUCGAGCGACCGUGGCAUAGGUUCUAUAUUUGCUCAAGCACAGACAUCACGGAAUGCACCAAAUAUCUCAAGAUUUAGGGAACCGUUGCCGCCAGUUGUGACAUCUGUCGAAGGAAGUGGAUAUAUCUCAGAUAGUCUCAGGAGCUCCGAUUCCGAUGACGACCUCCUUAAUAGUGUUGGGGGCGGAAGUGAUACUGAAGAAUUCCCCAACACGCAGAUCACCCAGCCAGAGACACAGGACAACUCACAAAGCAACUCGGCCAUUCUAGAAGGAACUAAGCAGAAUGACUCGGAAGCGGAAGAGCCAAGUAUGAUUAAUCUCCCACAGGAGGUUCCAGAUAUCACUGUCAUACAACCCAGCCCAAGGCUUCCGGAAAAGACGAAUGCAGUCGAUGCGACUGCAAGCUCGUCGAAAAUUAACUAUUUCGAAGUUCCAGGUGGGUUUCCAGAGGACGGAUCAGAUACAACCCGUAAUAGUCAAACUUCAUCUAGAACGGAGGGCGAUGCCCCCGUCGGUACUUCUUCCACCCCUCCCAUCUUUGAACCCAAAGCAGCGAUUCAUCCUGUUCAACCUGAAACAUUACCUCAAACUACACUCGCAACAACGGCACCGCUAGAAGAAGUGGAUGAUAAAGCUACAGACGACUCUGCCAGUAUAUACAGUGAUGCUUAUGAAGAAAUUUCUGAUGCUGAAGGAGACGGGUUCCUAUCGUUGAACGCCGUUGUUGAGAAGCCAAUUGACCGGACCCCGCCUCCCAAAUUGGCGGAGUUACCCGGAGACGCACAAAAAGAAGCCGAUACAACACCUGAACCUCAAGCCAAUAAACGGCUUGACGUUAUUAUUGAGCCUCCAAAGGCAGUAGACGACAAAGACGACUGGGAGCAGGCGAAGGCAUUUUGGCGAAGUUUGACAGCUGAGAAACGGCAGCAACUUGAACGAGAAGCUCUGGAGGAUGCCGGCGCUGAAGGCGAUGAGGAAGAGGUUGUGCACCCUGUUCGGAGAAAUAGUAGCAGGAAGAAGGCUUCACAAAAGAAGGAGACGGAUAAAGUCCAGCCACAACCCUCCAAACCAGCCCCGAAGCCAGUGCCCGAACCUACCUCAGCAGUCAAUUUAGAGCGAGCUCCAGUGGUUCAACCUCUGCCAAAAUCCACCCAAGAACACGCUCACCAACCGUCAACAUCGUCACGAAUGCGAACAUCUUUACGCGCGGACAAACCUGGACAGUUAUCCGAUGGCAUGCGAAAAACAAUGAGACCCCAAACUAGUGCAGGGCAGGCAGUUCAAUCUUCCGCACGCCGAUCUGCGCAACGCGAAAAGCCAACGCCAGUCUUAUCGAAGUCGAAUCACCAGCAAAAUACUACCGUUCCUAGCCAAAAGUUGUCUAAAGCAGCGGGAGGUUCCUUACCUAGUGAGAAACCCACUUUACAACGUCGCGGCUCUGAUGCCAGCGAUAGUAGCUUCAAACGCACUCGUGCUACACGCAAUGGAGGUUUCAACUUUCGCCAUUCAAUGCGCCCACAAUCCGCCGGUGGACCCCAGGAAGUUACCAAAGGCUCCGGGCGCUUCAGUUUACGGUCGCUUUCUCCAACUGGUUCUUCAUUCCGACAUAGCACAGGAGAUGGGGCUCCAGUACCCAAUAUGCGUCACACAUUAAGAUCCAGUAGCAUUUCCAGCCAAGAUCGGAUUCUUCCGUCCCUUCAUUUCCCGUCGUUUGGCCGAUCGAAUAAAGCACCAACUACGAAGCGAUCCAAGAGAUCCAGUCGUUUUGGUGACGGCUCAAGUGACGAAGAUGAAGGCGGAAUUUCUGGUUUUCGUAGUCGCUUUGAUGACUCGAGUGAUGAAGACGUUGCUCGUCCUAGUUCUUCAUCGCGUUCGGGUCCGCUCGCGAAAGGUACUCUUCGCCCCUCCACUGCAGGCGCUGGCGGGUUUAGGAAGUCUACCCCUGUACCGGAAGUAGAUGAGGAAUCACCAGAGCUGCCUGACAGCGACGAUAAUAUGCCUAGCCCCCUGCAGAGCCCCCAGAAUCGAGCUUCUACGAGUCGUGCAGGGAUAUCACGUUCGAAUUCAGAAGCCCUUGGAACCGCUACAUUAACGCGCUCUCGAUCCGGUAGAGGUGGUUUUAACACGACUGUGUCGAUACCCACCAGCCCAACUAAACAGAGGCGAACUUCUCUGAUGGGCAUCUUAAAACGCAACAAGAGGACCGACUCGUCGGGUAAAAUUCAACGAUCAGAGCUCACAGAAAGCGCAGCUAGACGCGACACCAGGUUAGAACGGAGUAAUGAGCAGUUGAGGGAUAUCCGAUCGAGUGAACCAUCCAGCCCCAAACUUCAAAAGCGGAAUUCUGUGAAAAGAAAUGACAGUUGGCCCCUAAGCGAACCUGGUGAUAUAGAACACAUGAAGCGAUCCAAUUCAGCCGGCAAUCUGAUCAGUCAAACUGCUAUGGGCGGAGCUGUUCAACGGCCGGAUUUCAGCAGUAGGCGAAGCACGAGCCUGGGUAUUCCAGCAAUUGCAUAUGAAGACACGCGAGACAACGUGACUAUGGACGGACUAGGUCAUAGGAAGAAAAAGAAGUUCGGGGCGUUGCGCCGGAUGUUCGGACUGGAUGAGUAGCAAACAUCCAAUCCUGGAAAGAGGCAACGUAGAGUAUUGGUGAAAAAGAGUCAUGAAGUUAAAUAAUUAUUAUGUUUUAUUGGCCAUUAUCGUCAUGAGCUGGAUUUAUUUUGUAGUUUUUUUGUUUACCGGAGCUGCGGGAGUCCCGGCAAUGGCAAAGAGGCUCGGGAGCCUCAAAGA